AUGGAGAAAUUAUCUAUAUUAAUUUUUAUCCUCGUAGUUAUUACAUAUGUUCAUGCCGUCGCUGUGGACGUAAACAAAUUACAUAUUCGCGCCCCAGGCGAUCCGAUAGUUGUCACCGUAGAAAGUCCAAAUGUAUUCUGUAGUUUUUUACCACGAGCACCUAAUACAGGGAUUGGUGCAAGUGAAGGUGAUGCUAUUGCAUUCUGCUCCGUAGCAACCGUCGAUGCUCCUAAUGCCGGUUUAUUCCCAUCUGGCCUCAUCCGAACAAUGAAUUUUCUAAAAACUGAUAAUUAUGUCCAAAUCACUGGAACCAUUAAUUCAAAUGUAUACGUAGUCCCAACUGACGGUGGUGGUCAAUAUGACAUUAAUGCUCCUCCCGGUGCGUCUUGUCAUGGAUAUGAAAGGUUUGUGAAUCUUGUCGAGCCUAACGUCCAAGGCCAAACAGAACCUGGUGUUGGUCGCUUCUGCAUUCGUUGUUGCAACGGCCCUACUGCAAAAGAUGAUUGUCCUACUGGUAGAAGCACUGUUGGUUGUGAGAAUAUUAUUCCAGGAAUUUAUUAG